GCCUUGUCGGGAGGGAACUUCGCCGAAGCACCUUAGCUGGAGAACACAGCCGCCGCAAGAGAGCACGUUUGCUCUCUAAGAUCGGUUUGAUUGGUGUGACAUUUACAGUUCCUCCGGCGCAUGAGCUACCUUACCCUCUUCGACCGAAACAAGCUGGCUAGCUCUCCCACACGCUGCUGGUACCGCCGUGAUACCGCGGUAGUCCCCGGCAGAUCGAGGACGAGCAGUCUGGAUCCUCCUACUCCCCGCACCUUCCUCUUCUCCUUCCUUGCGAAGCAGUCGAAGCAGUCGAAGCAGCAGCGACGGCCGUAGUCGCAGCAGCAGCCUUGGAGUCAGAAACAACCCGCCGGGCGUGAGCGGCAG